UUUAGGGGUUAAGGGAAGACAACCCUGGCCGCCGAAGCAAGCGAGUGCAGAAGAGGAAGCGUAGCGUCUCCACGGCUUUAGGGGUUUGGGAGUGACGAGGACAAGCAGCAGAGUCGAUUCUCGUCGUCAGAAUCAGCGAGCAGUCGUCGAUCGGAGCGACGAAUUCCGCUGCCCGGAAGCGCCAUGAAUUGAGCAGCAGCAGCAAUCGGGGUCGCGCAGUGAGGCUUGUGGCUAAUUCGCGUCGAGCGAGCGCGCGCACGCCUCAGCGAUGGCGCAGCUGCCGCGCUGCGUGCAGCAGGCGUCUUGGAAGCGCGUGUCGGGCGUGUGCUCACUGACCUUGAAGUCGCUCAGUUGCUCGCCCGCGGUCUCUUCCGCUGGCAAUUUUCGUUCCGCCGCCGCUUCGAGUGUGAGUUCUGAUUCUUCGUCGUCGUCCUCGGGGUUUGCGGCCCUGCGGCCGUCUCAGUCCGUGUUGGUUUUGUGUGGAUCGUCUCAGAAGCUUUCCCGGUCCGUGUACACCGAUCUGACGUGCGAUAGGUUGAGAUUUGCUCUCAGGCGGUCCUCUCUUUUCCUCGGCGAUGCUCUCAGUUCGUCGAGAAAUUUGAGCUCCGGCAGUGGAUUGCCUGGCUUGGGUACUUUUGUUGCCCGCAGCUUCAGUUCUUCGGACGCCUCGACUGUCGUCGAUGGAGAGGUGAAGGAUUCCGUCUCCACCGAGGAGACUGAGACGCAGAGAAGUUCUCUGGUUGCUGAAAUCGAGUCCAAGGAGCGUGAGUUGGAUGAGCUGCGUCGAGCUCUGAGAUUGGUUGACAAUUCUGUCGAUGAGACGGAAGAGCAUGAUGCUGAAGAGCACGAUACAAAUGAACAGCUGGAUGGUGGCGGUGAAGUGGUUGAGGCUGCUUCCUCGGCGGAUCUUGAUACCGACUCUGACAGCACUUCGGACGAUAGCGACCUCGAAUUCGAAGAUGAAAGCGCUGAUGUGAUCGUUUUGGGGGCAGGGGACGAUGUAGCUCCCAGUGUAUCCACGUCUGAAGAAGCUGAAGAAGAAAAUGGCAGUGUUGCUUCAUCUGCCGUAGACUCUGAAACUGAGAAGAAGCAUAGCACGCACCCAUGGCCCCAAUGGACAAGAUUUUUGAAGCACCUGACGAAAGGAAAUUAUUUCGCCAACGAGGAGGGCAAGGAAAUCGACAUAGAAGCCAUCGAUCCCGAGGACUUUGGACUUAUCAAGAGAGCUUGCUUGAACUUCGCUCGUGAACGGGACGAUAUAUUCUCAGGCUUCUCUCAGAAAGAUUUGGAAACUAUCGCUCGGUAUGGAUGCCCAUCCACCGAUCGGAAAGUUGUGAAUGCCGGGAAAAGACUCAGGGAGUACCUCAAGAUAGAUGAGAUCUCGGUUUGCAAGCCAUGUGGCUUGAGAUCAUCAUGUGAAAGAGCCGAUUUUCGAGUAGCCUCUGACCAUGUGGCGGGUACACCGGAAGUUUUGAGACUCCUGUCCCAGUACGCUCUUCAUGUUUCACCCGACUCUAUCAGAGAUCUAAAGCUCCCCGAGAUGGUGCAAAAUGCCUGCACAAACCUUCUCCAACAAGCUGUUUCUCUUGGUUCUAAGACCAGGGACCCGAAUCUGCCUAAGGUGGAGCGGAAGGCAGAAAUGGUAAGGAGCAACAGGGAUGACCGAGGAGAUGAGCGAGCAUCGAGGAGAAGAGGAAAUGACUCGGAUGUGGUAAUGAAGCCUGGAGAUUGGAAAUGUACCCAGUGUGAGUAUGUUAACUUCGCUAGAAAUAAGAACUGUCGCGAAUGUGACGCUAAACGCCCUACCCCAGAUAUGCGACCUGGGGACUGGCUGUGUCCUGAAUGCGAUUUCUUGAAUUUCUCUAGAAACCGUGAAUGCCACGAUUGCAAAGCACAGAGGCCACCGGGUGUCGGGUAUGAUGCAGCUGAUACUGGCAGCGGCAGGGGCGGCGACAGAGGCGACAGAGGAGGAAGGUUUGACAGGGGAUCCGAUCGGGGCGAUAGAGGAGGAUACGGGCGAGAAAGAGAGAGCCGUGACUUCGACAGGGGUUCCAGCCGGUUUGAAUCUCGUGGAGGAGACAGGGAUAGAGGUUCAUAUGAUCGAUCAGAUCGGUCACGUGAUCGAGGUAGUGAGCGAGGUAUGGACCGUCGCUCCAGAGGUGGGGAUGAGCGAGAAUCGUUUGAUAGAUCCAGAGGUGGUGAUGAGCGAGAAUCCUUUGACCGCAGAUCACCCCGAGGAGAAGGUCGAGGUUCAUUCGAUCGCCGAUCUGCUGGUACUGUGGAAGGAGGUCGUCGGGCCAAAUAUGAGGAAUGGAAGCCCGAUCUGAGCAAGAAGGAUAAAUACGUCGAUGACGACGAAGAUGACGAAGAGUUUUUGAAGAAGCUCGCAAAGGGAGGUAACGACGAUGACGACUUUGACUUGGACUUGGACCUGGACGAUGAUGAAGGUCUGAGUGAUGUGGAAGCCUUUGAUGACGAAGAGUUUGAAGACAUGAGGCCUGCCGCCUCUGCAAGCAGAGGAAGGGGUGGCCGCAGAGGCGGGGCUUCCAGCGACCGUAGACCCAUGGGCACAUUCGAUGAGGACAGGCCAAGGUGGGAGGACGACAGGUCGUCUAGAAGCGGUGGAAGAGGAGGUGGCAGAGGAGGUAGAGGUAGAGGCGGAGGUGGCCGAAGUGGGGGUGGUGACCGGGGAGGUUACGAUAGAGGAGAAAGGGAUUCAUGGAGUUCAUCGUCUUCAAGAGGAGGCGGACGAGGUGGUGGACGAGGCGGCGGUAGAGGUGGCGGAAGAGGUAGAGGAGGAAGUGGGGGUCGUGGUAGGAGGUGAAAGGAGACUUGAUCAGAUUUAGAACUUGACCACGGGCUGUGUUGUGAUAUUGAUCUGCAGAUGAAACAUGUAUACUUCAGUCAUCUUGCACCUGCUCUUUAGUUGAGCGGGGCAAUCUUUUUGAAGUAGAGUGAUAACAGUUUUUUUAAUGUCGUGCAGUAGUAGUUGGCAGCACUUCAAUUCCUCUUUAAAUGUUAAGGUUUUAGGUUUGUAGAUGCAAGCAGAGUAUCGGUGUCGGUGUCCACUAGUAAUGUUCGACGGCGAUAUCUUCAUAGAGACACCAAAGGGGUAAAGGAGCUGGAGCUUCUGGUACAGUAGGAGCCCAGAAAGAGCUCUAAAUGUGGAUGGGAGUACGAAAGUUUCAUGAUUGGAAGUCAAGUAUUGAAGGAUUACGACGAACAUUUUGCCGAUCUGGGAGUUUAUCUAUAAUUGUAUUCAUCAUCAAGAGUUCUAUACAAAUGCA